AAUUUGUGUUCAACUUCUCUGCAUAUCCAUCUCUCUAUCUCUCUGUCUUCAAUGUUCACUGAAGCACCGUCUAGACUUGGAUUCCUGUUCCGUUCUAGUUUUCAUCAAAAAGAAGGAGUACAAAAAAAAUGGACGACGACAAUAACAUCAUCUGAAGUAAAUCAAAAAGAAAAAGAAAGGUGUACAAUUUGGUGUAAAGGAAGUACUACUAAUAGAAAUAGUAGUACAACACCUCUCAUUUUCUUUCUACAUCUUCAAAUUACCUCAAAGAUCCGGAUUUCCAAUAGAAUACAACUAAUUAACUAACUAACUAACUAACUAACUGACUACAUGAAUACACACAACUGUGAUUCGUUCCGCCCGAUUUGAUUAGUUAGUUACUACACUGUAACGAUCUACAUCCGGUCACCAAAAUUGAAAUAAACAAGAUUACAUCUGAUUACUACUAUUCAUACAACCACUAUGACCACUACGACUACUAUUUCCGUGUGCGUGUGUGCUUGUGGGUGCGUGUUUGAAUUUAUCACUCCGGAUAUAUUGUACACCAUAACAACAAGUUGACAACACAUAUACAGUAGUUGUAGUAAUAGAUGCGUAGAAUGUGAUUAUGUUCACUUUGAUUGCUUUUAGGAUAUUACUACAUAUAAUAAAUUGUAUUUGUUAAUAUAUCUAUAUACAUAUACAUAUGCACACAAUUAUAACAGUUCCUUGACGAUUUCCGCUUCAACGCGCCUGCCAUUACAAUCUAAUCUUUUUCCCUUCUUUCUUUUUUGCCAGCUUUCUCCUUCCUCCUUGAAACAACAACGGUGCCUACACUGUGAUAUAGAAGAGGUAGAAUAAUAAUAAUUUUUAAACAACUUUAACAAUAAGUGGAGUAUUAUCAUUCAUCACGUGGCGAAAUCGGAAAUAACUUUCAAAAAAAACUCUACGAAAUGAACAUUUCAGACGCACAAUUAUUCUAUACAAGACAAUCUACAAACUGGCCUAUGAUGUUUCCUUUCAAUAGUGGUACAACAGAUCUAUAUGAAAAGCCUCGUUCUGUAGGCAGUAAUAGUCUGCACAGUCAUCAACUUCAAUCUUCUUCUUCACCACCGCCGGCGCCAAUUCCUUCUAUUUCUCAUCCUCUACCUCCUCCGCCUCCACAUCAUCAACAUCAACAUUCACAAGAACCUCAACAGCAACAACAACAACAACAACUUCAGUCAUUGCAACCAGACACAAAUGCAUUACAUGAAUUUAUGAAUUAUGGAUUACUCCCGUUUUCAUCGAAUCAUGUUAGUCAGUAUAAUACUACUAACAACAACAACAAUAACAGCAGUAAUAGUAGUAUAAACAUUAGUAAUCAGAUAGAUGGAUUCUAUAUACCUUCAUGUAUUGCUGCAGCGCAGAGUGAAACACAUUCAACUCUGACAUCUGAUUCACAUUUACCAUUAACUACAGAGGCUUCAAAUAGCAUGUUUCAUGGUAUUUUACCGAAUUCGACUACUGAACGACUGACAGACAUCAGUCCUUCCUAUAAAGAUAUGCUUUUGUCACAUCAUAUGAACAAUAAUACUUCGACUAACAACAAUAAUCCUAAUAUCGGUAACAGUAAUAAUAAUAAUAAUAAUAGUGUUAACGGAUCAGACCUAUCGAAGUCAUUCCAACACUUAGAUCCAUGGACUUGGAUGAAUAUGAAUCAUUCAAUGAAUUAUCCAGUAACACUUUCGAAAUCGAUAUCUUCAUCGACAGAUCUGUCGUCAUCAUCAUCUCCUUUAACAUCGAUAUCUUCAUUGUCUUCGUUGGAUAAUCCUGGAGUAAUAACAACCUCAGAGUUAGGUAAUAAGUCUCAACGUCUUUCAGUGAUUACUAAUACUAAUAGUACUACUGCAAUGACAGCAGGGGUGAAAACUACAUCGAAAUGUGAUGAAAUCUCAUCAAUGUCUUCGCUUAUGGGUAUGUCCUCGCCAAAAAAGUAUUCGAAAGGCUUCUUAUCUUUACAUAGGAGUCAACAACAACAACAACACCAGCAGCAACAACAACAACUACUACUACAACAGCCGCAAAAAUUUGAAGAUUUUCUACCCACUGGUCUAUUCAAUGAGCAUCAAGCCUAUAAAAUGUCUCAGAAUGAAUGUAUAAAUAAACAUAACAGUACUACUAUUACUACUAAUAAUAAUAAUAAUCACCAUGGUGAAGAAACUACCCAAGAAUCCCAGGGAAAUUUGAUUCAUAAUAAUAGUAUUUCAUCAGGUUUCCGUCUACCACCUAUUAAUCUGACCAAUACAAAUGUCUACUCAUCACAGACAAUGAAAUCCAAUGAUGACAUUAAAACAUCAGCUUCCUCGGGAGUAUACGAUCGAGUGACUGGAGGCUAUAGAAGUGAAAAUCGAAGUAAUCACGGGAACAGUAGAUCAUCAUCACAUCGAUCAAAUAGAGUAUACACUUCAAAUAAUGAUUAUGAUCAAAUUUAUAAAUCACGUUUAUCGAAUAAUCAACAACAUCAACAAAUGAGUGAUACUAAAGAAUUGCACUCUUUAACGAAACGAAAACGUUCUUCCUUGAACAAUAAUAAUAAUAAUAACAGCGCCAAUAACAAUGUUAACAAUAAUGGUGGUAAUAGCAUUACUAGUAUACACGAUAAUACUAAUAAUAAUAAGAGUAUAACUGGUCCUAAUUCUAAUUCCACCUUUCCACUAUCAAGCCAUCAAACCUCACCGAAUACAAUUUCUCAAAAAGGUGAUAUUUUCAAAAAUAACUUUGAAUUAAGUAGUAUUUUUACACCGUAUGGAAAUACUACAUCGAAUAGUUUGGAUAUCACGCAUCAUUUAGGUAAAUCCCAUUUCACUGAACUCCUUCAGCAUAAUGAGAAUGAUCAUCUGUCAAAGGGGAGCAAUAUGAGGUUAACAAAUAACAAUAGUCAUAUGAAUACGAAUAAUGAUAGUGAAUUAAUUGCAAAAUAUGGGCCAAAAUUUAUAAAAACACCAGUGGACAAUGAAAUCAGUCUUCCUGUACACAUGAAUGAUUAUGAUUAUACAAAUUUGUCGUUUUAUACAAAACACGCAAAUUCUUCACUUCCUACAAAUCAAUGGAGACCACAGUGCUCUGGACAAAUACAACUGUGGCAGUUUCUACUGGAGUUAUUAUCAGAUUCGAAAAAUUUAGCCUGUAUUACAUGGGAAGGUACUAAUGGUGAAUUUAAACUAGUCGAUCCAGAUGAAGUGGCUAGACGUUGGGGUGAACGUAAAUCAAAACCAAAUAUGAAUUAUGAUAAACUUAGUCGUGCACUACGUUAUUAUUAUGAUAAAAAUAUUAUGAGUAAGAUAAAUGGAAAACGUUACGCUUACAAAUUUGAUUUUACCGGCCUAGCACAAGCUAUGCAACCGCCAACAUGCGGAAAUUCCUCCGGCUCUGAAACAAUGAAUGCGAAUUCACAAAUGUUAUCGUCAUUAUUGCUACCAAGUGUUUGUCACGGUCUGGGUAUCAUGAAUUCACCAUCACAGGCUAAUUUAAAUUAUCCAUUAACUUCAAAUGCUGGAACACACUACUCUAAUCUAUUAAUGUCUACACAACUGUCUCAAACCUCACCUCAUCUGGACAUUACUACAAACAGUGCCAGUAGUAAUAAUAAUAAUAUUAGUGGCAAUAAUAAUACAGGAGCUAAUAACAUAAGCAAUAGUAAUAAUAGUGGUACUAGUACUAAUAGUGAAAGAAAUGAUUUCGGUUCAUCCUUCAAUACUCGUUCAUUAAUCAAUAAUGCAAUCAAUCCUGCCCCAUCAGAUUUAUUCCCCUAUCCAACAAAUCCAUCAAGCUACUUUAAUACGCCUUAUUCGUGUUCAUCACCACCGUAUAAUCCAAGAUUAGGCACUGGUCCAAUUGAUUUCCGAUCAAGUCAUCACCAUCAUGAACAACAACAACAACAACAACAACAGCAGCACAGUGUUACAACCGCCUCUAAUGCCAGUGGGGCUAAUAAUAAUAACAGCAGUAGCCUCAGGUCAGACUAUUCUCUCGAUUCCUUCGACUAUGGUAAUUUCGUGUCGAAUAAACCGACUGGAAUGCCAUAUUCCUUCUCAAAUGGCCUAUACACACAAGAAGUACUGCAUUCAGCGAGAAUGGCUGCUGCGGCAGCGUGUUGUUUAAUCUCACCAGUCAAUCAUAAUACAAGCACAAGUCAUAGUGUACCAUCGGCUUUGAACAGUAACUGUCUACCUGAUGGAGAGAGUGACACCAUUGCGGUUGGUAGUGUCGGUCGCCAUGGUGAUGAUGAGAGUAUAAACAAUAGACUUAAUAUGACGAUGACUACAAUGAUGAAUACAGACAAUUUGCUAACAGGAAAUCGAUAUUCACAUAACGAUUUCAAUUCACCGUCAAAUCUCCACCGAUCUUCACAACAGCAUCAAGAACAGGAUACACAUCAUCAUCACCACCAUCACCAACACAAUCAACACCAAGACCAACAUUCAUUACAAUUUGAUCAAGAAAAAUUAACUCAUUUAUCUACUACAUUCAAUGAUAUACAACAUAAAGCAUUGCUGAGAAAAAGUUUAAAUUUAUCACAGGAACAACAAUUUCCUAUGACUGAUGAGUACACAUCAGAUGAGGUAAUAAGAAAACACAAGUUGAACAAUGAAAGCAUUCAUCAUAAUAGUAGUCCUAGCAAUAGUUUAAGUGUAUCGAGUGUGUUUACAGCGGUUACCACAAAUAUGAAUCAAACUUCGCAUAACAAUAGUGAUAAUAAUGAGGCUAAUAGAUCCAUAUUAACAAAUCCAGUUAAUUCAAGCCUAACAACUUCUUCGCCAUCUUCUUCAUCGCCAUCAUCUUCAUCAUUUGCAUCGAUUGAUCAUAAUAAUAAUAUUAAUUUAAAUUCAAAUUACGCCAGUAGAUCAAUCAAUUCUUUGAUGGAUACAUCGAAUCUAAUGAUUGGAUCAUGCUUUCCGAUGAUGAAUCAAACAUCAACAACAAUCAAUGGUCAUCAAACGAAUUCAUGGUUUCCACCGUCAACAUCAACAUCAGCAGGCAUAACAACGACGACGCCGUCAAGGAAGAAAGAGGAAGGAGAGGCGGAUGAACAGUCAGUCACUCCAGACUAUUAAUUAUUCAGAGUUAAACGAUGAAUAGACGUACUAAUAAAUUUUUGAAGUAUUACCACUUGUUUCUCUUUUAUUCAGGAAAAAGAAACAAAGUUUCGUAUUUUGGAGACAAGAUGACACUUUUCUUCCCCAACUUAUUUCAUAUUUGCCUAUUAAAGAUAAUUAUCCC